CAAUGACCCAAAUGCCACCAAAUGAAAUGGAGAAAGCGAAUUCCGACGAGCCGGAAGCUGUACCUCCAACACACGAGAGCCUUGAUACGAGCACCCAGAAACCACAUCCAGCAGUAGCACCACCACCAGCAACAAACGGAGAGAGCUACUUUGAGAACAAGGCGACAUCCAAUAUAGUAUUCUAUUUCAGUCCUGAUGCUACUAAGCCCUACGAAACACAGUUAUGGUGUGGUCAGAUCAAUAUUAAAUGCGAUAACGUACCGCAACUCAUGCUCGAGGGCCUCCACUGGACGACGGAUAAUGUCCUGUGGGAAGAAGGAUAUGUUGCUGAUCUUUUUGAGACUUCUGCCGUGUACAUCCAUCCCGAUACUUUGGAAGAUCUUUUUAAAGCAGGACGGACCAUGGGGCGCCACUACUUUCUACAGGACAUGCAGCAGGAACCUCCAAGGUGGAUUGCCCACUUACAGAUUCAUGCUGAAUUCUACGAGACCUUGGCCGGUUUUAAAUUAGGGGAGCUUUCUAUCGAGAAUGUGCGCUCUGUAUUCGCUUGGGGUGGACGCAGGGAAUGCAUCUAUUCAUGGACUAAAGAGGAACCAUGGGAUGCUUAUAAUGCCAUCUAUGACGACAUGCCCAUGGACGGCUGGUGGCCAUGGCCAAAGAGAGAGAACGUAUAA